AAGAUAAAAAUGCAUGGACUUAAGUUUUGCAAAUAACCUUAUCAACUAUGGACCCUAUAGCCCAACAUUAUAAGUGUGUACACAUAUAUAAAAGUAUACGGUAACUAGCUCAAACACUCAACCAACUAUAGCUCUCAAAUAAACAUAUUCAUUAAAUAACACUUCUCAAUUGUCAUGGACAAGCACAAAAACAAAAGUGGUAGCAUUGUGAAGCUCAUUGAGAAGCUACAAAAAAGGCUUUUAAUAGGGAGAAAUAAAUCAACAUCAACCUAUGUGCCAGAGGAUGUGAAAGAAGGACAUUUUGGUGUGAUAGCUGAGGGUGGAAAGGAAGAAGAAUCAAAGAGAUUUGUGUUGCCAUUAAGAUGUUUAACCAACCCAACAUUUGUGAGGCUAUUGGAGCAAGCAGAAGAAGAGUAUGGUUUUGAUCAUGAAGGUGCAUUAACUAUUCCUUGCAACCCUAGUGAGCUUCACAAGAUGUUGCAAAAGCAAUGGCAACAAGAAGAGGGAGGUGCUGAAAAAUGCUACAACAUGGAAUUCAUGCAAUAAUGCCAUGGUUUUUCAAAACUUUUGAUAAAUAAUUAAAUGGAGUAAUAUAUGUUAUACGAAAUAUGUUAGUUAUUUAUUGAAGUGAA